UAUCGAACCAGAUCACCAGCGGACUCAACCUGAGCCGCAGCUCGGAGAACCUCUCGUUGCUUGCGGCCAUUCAGCAUCCCGUUCCACCGCCGGUCCCGAAGCAUCAAAACAUUGCCAUCACCAGCGAUCGAUCGACCGGAGGUGGCGGCGGUUGCCCUUGUUCGAGUGCCAAUGCGCUUCCCGCCGGUGGAACGAACCCCUUGGACCCGUUUGCGGGUGACAGUGCCAUCGACAAGGUGAUCGUGGGUCCCGCGGAAACGAUCGUCGGGAUCAUCGACACGCGGCCCCCGGAAGCGCGCCAUCCGAUCAUCCUGAAGGUGGACGAAAAGUCCGACCAAAGCCUCAUCCUGACGGCGGCCCUUACACCGAACAACGUGUACCAGUUCAAACCGACGGCCUCGGUCAGCAGCAGCAACCUGAACGGGCUCGUGACGGUACAGACCAGCGGUACCAGCACGGAACUGGCGGCCGGGGGCAGCGCAACAACGACGACGACGACAACGGUUGUGUUCAAACCGGCCCCGGCACAACCGCAACCGACGCCCCAGCGGCAACCGCAACCCCAGCCACGGACCCAGUACCAAUCGCAACCUUCGUCGCAAGCGUCCUCCGCGUCCGUGUCCCAGCCCGUGAACAACCACCAGCGGCACCAGUCGCUACCGGCAAACGGUGGUGUCGGAGUGGCGAAGAUCCUACCGCAUCCGCCGCCCUGUAAAUCGAUCACCUCCUCGCAGCUGUCCGCAUCUGCCGGCGGAUGCAGUAAGCCGUUGUUGUACGAAAACGUUUGCCUAGCCACGUCGACGGACGGCGGAGAUGCGCUGCCCUCUACGGUGACCGCCAAUAGCAAGAGCAAAAGUAACAACAAUCAUCUUUCCAGCCUUUCGCCGUCGCCGGGACUCGGUGCCGGGGCCAUCAUGGUGAUGGAGGGUAGUACCGGUGCCGCCGCGGGAGCCAGGUCCUAUCCGAUCAACAACAACAACAAUUCGAACGUGCCGUACGAAAACAUCAACCUCGAGUACAUUGCGCGCCUCAUGCAGGAGGGCUACUCGAAGGAGAACGUCAUCACGGCGCUCGGGAUCUCGCGCAACAACAUCGAAAUGGCGUGCGACAUCCUGCACGAGUUUGUGAGCAAAAGUGGCGGCGGUUGA